GGAAGUGCACACAGUAAUAGUUAAAGAAGCUGUACCUGAAAGUGCAGCCACAGGACAAAAGUCAAAGAUAAUAAUGUCCUUAAUAGUUUUGACGUCUGCCUACAGACUGAGGUCCAUCUGCAGACUGCAGCGGAUCCAGAGCCACAUGAUGUCGAGUCAGGUCGAACCAGAGGUUCUUCUGGAGAGAGUGGGCAGCGCAGGUGUGAUCACCAUAAACAGACCCAAAGUCCUGAAUGCCCUGAACCUGCCCAUGAUCCGCCAGAUCUACCCUCAGCUCAAGAAAUGGGAAAAUGACAACGAGACCGCCAUUGUGAUCAUCAGAGGAGCAGGGGGGAAAGCCUUUUGUGCCGGUGGAGACAUCCGAGCGGUCACAGAAGCGGGGAAAGUUGGAGAUCCUCUUGCAGAGGACUUUUUCCGCGAGGAAUACAUUCUCAACAAUGCUAUUGGAACAUGCAGGAAACCAUACAUCGCCCUUAUUGAGGGAAUAACAAUGGGUGGGGUGAUUAACCUCUCCUGUCAUGUCAGUACAGAGAAGACACUAACGACGCUCCCACAGCCUGGAAAAGGGCUUUUUCCUGACGUGGGAGGUGGCCAUUUUCUGCCGAGGCUGCGAGGGAAGCUGGGACUGUUUUUGGCCUUGACGGGCUUCCGUCUCAAGGGGCGUGACGUGCAGAGAGCUGGAGUUGCUACUCAUUUCGUUGAGUCUAAGAAGAUCCCAGAGUUGGAGAAGGUGCUAGUGGACUUGAAGUCUCCCUCUGCUGAAGACGUCUCCAGAGUGCUAGAGUCCUACCAGAGCCAGAGUAGUCUGGAUUCUGAGAAACCCUUUGUGUUGGACAAGCACAUGUCUGACAUUGACAGGCUGUUCAGCUCCAGCAGCGUGGAGGGCAUCGUGCAGAACCUGAAGGCAGACGGCUCCGAGUUCGCUAACAAACAAGCCGAGACACUGUCCAGGAUGUCUCCCAUGUCCCUGAAAAUCACCUACAAGCAGCUGAAGGCGGGUGCAACUCUGAGCCUGCAGGACGUGUUGGUAAUGGAGUAUCGGCUGAGCCAGGCCUGCAUGAGGGGCUGUGACUUUUACGAGGGUGUACGAGCCGUGCUGGUUGACAGGGACCAGAGUCCCAAGUGGAACCCGUCGACGCUGGAGGAGGUGUCUGAGCAGGCUGUGGAGCAGUGCUUCUCCUCCCUGGGAGACAAAGACCUGACUUUCUGACGCUUCCCACCUUCAAACACACACUACUAAGCCUUGGCCUCCCGCCCCCGCAUCCCUUUAUGGGCAGUCAUGUGUGAGGACUGUACUCCUGAGGAUGAAAAACAGUCUGUUCAUUUACUGUGGUAACAUUUAAAGGAAAAUCCAGGCAGCUGAAGAACAGGUUUGACUGGGAUCUAAAAUAGUAGAGUGCGGGGUGGAAGUGGAGUGUUUUUUUUAUAAUUCAUUUUUUACAUAAGCAACGACUCUCUUCUGCUGCAAAUGCAAGGAAUGUGCCGCAUUAACAUGAGGACAUGGGAGGAGAAACUGAUCCCACCACUGAGUGCUUUAUUGCAUUUCCUGUGGGAGUUUGUCGAUGUGACAUGGAUCGCUAUCAUCUGUAUUUCCGCAGUGUGGUCACUUGUUUUGUCUUUUUCCAGUGUUUUUCCUCUCAGUGGUAUUUGUGGUUUUUCAGAUGUAACAUGGAUGAAAAAGGGGAUUCUUUGACAUAUCCGAACACUCCCAGGACAAGGCAGAUUUAUAUCGAUCAGUAUAUCGAUAUUGGUUCUGAAUCCAUUUACAUGACUGUUACAUCGCUUGCAUGUUAUACUGCAUUUAACCUAUCUGAUGGACAAAUCCCUGUUUUUAGUAGGUACACGUCACAUGCUUAACAUUUAUUAUGAAUAGCUGCACUAUUUAUGAGACAACCAGUCAGAUUAGACAUCCAUGCUGGAACAGAGGGCAAUAAACAGUUGGUAAUGUAACAU